AUGCCAUUGCUGGGUCCUCCGCAAUUUCUUCUAGAUAGAAUCUGUGAUCCACUCUCCAACUUGAUACCCUUGCUACUAGAUACUGUUCUUCGUCUUCCACACGCUCUUCUAUUUCGUGGUUGUAUAUCUUCUCAGCCACAGCUGCUACAAAAAUCGCUAUCUCCUAACGAUACUCUGGAAUUUGCAGCUACUAAGUUUACCAGGCGCGCCGCUUCAGCAGAAUCUGGAUCCUUUGGUCGUCUGCCUGCCGACAUUGAGAGCCGCUGGUGCACCACUGUUUACAAUCUACUCGAGUUGAUGGCACCUAUUCCGAUUUCCACUUCUCCGCCCCUCUCAUCUAUUCGGAUAGCUGGGUCUACUGGUACCAAUUUGGAGAAUAACUUUCGACGAACUUGCAUAGAAAUUUCUCCAUCUAUAUCAGGACUCAUGAGCAGUAUGAAGAAGCUUCUUACCAGCAUAGUUGGGGAGACACAUUUCUACCAGCUUCGCGAUAUUCAUCGUCUGGCCAGAACCAUGCAACGCAUUCGUUCUGUCUGCCAAUCAGCCGAGAUGUCACAUAUCCAUAAUGCAAUCUCCAACAGGGCUUUAGAUUGCUUUUCCUUUUCCAGCUCCACCAUCAGCGAGAGUAGCAGUAGUGAUGAGGACGAUCUGCAAUUAGUAGACCAGACUCUUUUGAGAGUUAUCGAUAAAGCUGAAUAUCUGGAUUCUAAUUCACUGUCGUCCAGCGCUGAGAAGCAACUCACUGAGUCACAUUCAGAGCUAAUGCAGAAGUGGCUUUCCGGUUUGCCAUGCUGUUUUAGGGAUGUCAGUCCUCUUCGGCUCCGACUUCCUUAUCUUACUCGACGUGAUCUGCUUUCAUGGCUCUGGUCUGCUCACUUGAUAAUUGCUGGGCCCCGGAAACCAACUGCUUCUGCUCACCUGCCGGGUCGUGCUUUAAUUACUUCUUGUCGUGGCAUUGCUCAUUGGCAACGUCUUUGCCUCCGUUGCCCAGAUAAUCUUGCAUUUCUACUCCAUUCUAGCCUUAUUUUAGAACCCAAUUUGGCUAUUCAUAUGCUUCAGUUAGUCCAUCUAGCUGUAAAUUCUACGCCUGGCAUUAUUUCGGAUAUUAUUAAG